AUACUUAUGCUGAGAUACGUGAGCGCAACUAUAUCUAAGUAGUAUUUGAAUGUAUGAUAGUGUCGUGGGUGAAUGAAGACUCGCGCGCGAUUCACCCUCUUUUCGGUACUUCUAACUAACAUUUAUGAAUAAGAUCAAUUUAAGACAAAAACUAGUAUACCUAAAUCGAAAUUGUUAGAAAAUUUGCUCUUGUUGUGCAUGCGAGUGACCUUAAUGUUUCGUUUUGUUAAAUAGUAGUGAUGAUAUAUGGACUCUUGUGACUUACCAGGAUAUUAACUUCAAGUGAACCCACAUUCAGUGAUUGUGUAAAUUUUAUUUAAAAUCCCCAUUUGUCAAUUUGGAACUAAUAACCGGUGAACUUUAUUUCAAUUGAGUUUUCCAGAUAUGCAUGGACUGCGAGAUCCUAAAUUUACACAUGGACCAAUAAUGUAAUUAAUAAAAUUCAAAAUUCCAUUUCAAAAAACAUAAGAAGGGACUGAAAGAAACAAAAAUGAACGAGCAGGAUAUGACCAUGACAGAAUCGCAUUAUUCAUUGCGCUGGAACAACCAUCAGUCGCACAUUUUGGCAUCCUUCGAGGCCUUACUAGAAGCAGAAACCCUAGUUGAUGUAACAUUGGUGUGCGCCGACACUUCCAUUAGAGCCCACAAAGUGGUGUUGAGCGCCUGUAGUACCCUUUUCCAGAGAAUAUUUUUGGACCAUCCUUGCAAACAUCCCGUAAUUAUUCUGAGUGAUUUUAGUGGUUGGGUAAUUCAAGCGAUCGUGGCCUUCAUUUAUAAAGGUGAAGUAAAUGUUUUGCAAGACCAAUUGCAAGCUCUGAUAAAAGCUGCUGAGAGCCUUCAAAUUCGCGGAUUGGCCAAUCAGGAUCAAUAUAGUGCAGAUAAAGAGUCCACCAGCAUAAUAAAUCAAACUCCAACUCCAUCCACAUCGCCAAAUGACUACGAUAAAUAUCACUAUAAUAAUAUUCCAAGCAAAUUUCCCAGUUCGGGCCGGCAUACAGGGAAGAAGCUUUUAGAUGAGUUACCGUCACCCUUUUCACCGAUCCCAAAUAACUUCGAUUGCGCUCAAGUGAAGUUACCUCAUAUGUCGAAGCUGUCUUUUCCCGAAGCGCUCAUGCCCAGGUCCGAAUCGCCAACACCGAGAAGAAAACAAGCAAGGCCACGAAGACGUUCGGGAGAUUUAAGUAUGCACAGAGAGUUAAAUUGCACUUCGAUCGAUUUGAAACCACCAUCACCCUCACACUCGGAAGAAACGGCCGAAGAUCUUUGUAUGAAAAAAAGCGAAGAUCACGCCACAGUGAAGGAAGAGGAACGGAAAUCAUGCACCCCGGAAAUGUCAGUGCGUAGUCCGGAACUGGACAUGAGCACCCAAAGCAGCGGCAAAGAGUUCCGUUCUUCACCUGUUUCUGCACCCCAACCCACGACCAACAUGAAGCAGGAGAUUAAUAAUCCGUCGCCGUUGCCAUAUCCGCCUAUGCCCACAACUUCAACGCUUGCUCUGACGCCUCCGCCCAAUAAAUAUUUUGGAUUAGAUUCACCCUUAGGGUUUUUUCCCCACGGCUAUGAGGGUUGCAGAAGUUCUCUCUUCGACUUCCCCGACAAUAGAAAUAUAGACGCUCCCUCGUUCGUAAAAAAGAAAAUGGGUAGACCGAAAGGACAACAUUCUGCACCAAGAGGCGGCCCUCCCAGAUCAUGGACCAACAAUGAACUGACUGAAGCUCUGGGUCAAGUGUGGAAGAAGAGGAUGACGACCAGUCAAGCCUCAAGAAUCUACGGGAUCCCGUAUAAUUCUCUUCUGAUGUACGUAAGAGGAAAAUAUGGAAAAAGUCUGAAGCUAGAGCAGCUUCGGAGAGACUGCUUAAGUUUUGCGGAGGGUGCUGUGGAGAUACUAGGCAAUAUCGGAAAUAAUAAUAAUUUGACGAAGGGGAGUGAGAGAGACCAAGAGCCCGUUCAUCCAAAUGUUAGGCCGCCUGUGAACGAACAUGAUCAACAUCAAAUGUUUCAUCCCUUUAAUCACAAUUAUUAUCCGGAUUUUGGCACUGGUUUCCGUCUCCCACUAAACAUGAUCCAUUUAUUGCCUCAAGCUGGCGAUAAAAAUCGUACGGAACACAAUGCGUAUGGGCAAACGGCAUUGCACGAUGAAGAACUGUCCAAGUCACAUCAAGGACGAGACAUUGAAGAAGAUCCCCCUAUUCAGGACCUUUAUAGACCGCCAACACUAAAUCUGGACGAUAGGCGGGAAUUAGUGCAACAAAAUGGACAGGAUUAAAGUUUUCCGGUAUGUGUUAAGUAAUGUUAGUCUGUAAGUAGGGGUCUUAACAAAGCAGAAUUUUAUCCGAAUCGGUAAUUAAGUUAGUAACGUUUUUUUUAUUUAAAAUUUUGAAUAAGGAUAUUAUUUAUAAAAUACUUGCCGGAACAUGGCGAGAGCACGGUAAAAAUGAUUUAGCCCGUUGGCAACUAUUAUGGAUAAUAUCCUUCAAAAUAUUUAUGUUUGGCAUUUUCCUGGUCAGACGGUCAGAGCGUAAAAACUUCAGAAUGGUUUAUCAAGUUAAGGUUGUCUAAAAUUCUGCUACACAAUAGUUAAGUGAUACAACCAUUGAUUUGGGGCAAUACUUUUAGACAUAGCGAAUUCUAAUUGAAAGAGGCGUUGAGGAAUCUUUGUUGUUGUAUAUUUAAUUUAAAAAGUGAAUGUGGUUAAAAAUGUUAAGUUUCUAGAUUAAGACGUUUGUGCUUCCUGUGUUUUAAUUGUUGUGUUAGUUGAUUUUAAAUAUUGUUUUGUGAUAUACGAAAAUUUACCAGGUAUUCAAGAUUUUAAUGAGAAUGUUAAAUUCUAUUUUUCGUAAAUCGAAAUAUGAUUAUUCUUGAAUACUUACAAAUUGAAAAAUAACGUAGUAGGUAUUCAAACUUUUAUAAAAGCUGGAUAUUUUCUACUUUGAUGGUUCAAAAUUUUUCAAAACUGCGUUAACGUUAAAUAAAUCCCGUUAUUUCGGGUUGAGGGAACGGAUUGGAAUGGUCAAACGAUUUCCAUAGAGGUCAUUCCACAUUAAUGAUCCUUACUAUACAAAAAUACCUACAAUUGUGGGCAUUAAAAAAAUUAUUCUUCUGAGUAAAUCGUUAGAACGUAAAAAAAUUACAAGUUUAAUUGGUUUAGUUACAAGAUGGGUGUUUAAUGAGUUAACAUAAGUUCUAUCACAUUUAAUUCUAGAUAGGCAUUUGGCCUAAAAUUCACCUUUUAAUAUUGGAAAGAUAACUACAAAUUUCAGUUGUACAGGCAUAUAAUAUAUAAUAUAAUAACAAAAAGUGUUUAAAACUGGCCAAACAUAUGACAAAGUAUGAUGAUAUAUGCUGAUAUUUAACAAAAACAGUUCAAACACAUGCUAAGUUAAAAUGUAAUCCGCAGUGUUUCGCAGGUAAAUAAUUUACUGGAUCAUUUAUUUAAUUUUUUUAAAUGUAAUAUACAGGGUGGUCCUGAACCAACAAGGAAAAAAUUCACUGACAUAUAGCAUAGACAAAAAUAUUGCGUUUUGGGAAAACUUAUCGGAAAGGUAAUAGUUUCUGAGAUACAGGGUGUCAAAGUGUACAUUAAAUUUUCGUUGAUUUCUAAUAGAUUCUUAACCAGUUUUACGUUUUAAGUGUUUUAAAACAAAGUUCAAAUUUUUCUUUACGUAGCUUGUAGAUCCUCGAGGGCGUAGCUGCAAUAGUCUCGAGCCAUUGUAAGCAUCGGCAAAUUUUUUGGGUUUUAAAAUGUCGCUUUUUUGUUGGUUAUAUUUCGUUUUACGCUAUUUCCUAAAAAAUUGGUUAAGGAUCUAUUAAAAAUAAACAAAAAUUUUACACUUUGUCACCCUGUAUCUCGAAAACUAUUAAUUUUCAUGUUUGCCUAAAACGCAAUAUUUUUGUCUAGACCAUAAAUCAGUCAGUGAAUUUUGUCCCAUUAGUUAAGGACCACCCUGUAUAUGUUUGACCAACACUCAAAUAAUAAAUAAAAAUGUCCACAGAAAGCAUUUCCAGGCUUAUAAGCCUUUUUAUAAAUUUUUUUCUGAUGAUUGGACAUCUGAGUGAGACACAGAAGACAGCGUCAAGCUUUACCUCAUCGUCUCUGAUAAUGUUAUCUGCAGAUAUAACCGAAACGUCGGGAGCAAUUCCAAUUGUCCACCGCUGAUAACCCCGGAAAACUUUUCAACCGGUACUUCAUGAUAUAAUACGAUGACCAUGUUUAAUUAUCAACCAAAAUAUGAUUUAAUUUGAAUUUGAAUUGAAUUUUGAUUAACAUGGAAAUGGCUUGUUCUAUUUCGUUCACUCAAGAUGUGAAUCAGAAAAAUGUUUUCGUAAUAUUAAGCACAGUUAUUCCUGCCACUUAUGAAUGUGGUUCCAAUGACUCAUUGAAUGAAAACAAUAGAAAAUAGUUGUUUUUGACUUGAUAUUUCGGUAAACGGUUUUGUGCAAUAAAUUAUCUUGGAUACCUGUCAAAUUCAGCAUCGACACGUAAGAAAUGCUUUUGUAAACUUUUAUCUAAUAAUCGAAUCAUUUAAAUUUUCUAUCAAAUUCCGAUAAAUUUGUACAUAACGCAAAAAUCGAAAUUAUAUCGGAAUUUGGUUUUAUAAGACUGAUGUAUCAUUAUGCCAAGAUGUUCCGACUACAAGCAUACUACAACUACAAUUUUAUUUUUUAAUACUAACACUAUAUACAGUUCCUCAGAUAUACAGAUUUUUUACCAAAUAUUUACUGAAUGUUUCUAUAUACACACACUAAGAUUGGUUUUUGUUUCUACUACUUAUUAAACCAAAAUAUCCCGACUUCAGGAUAUAUCCUUAAUACAUUAACAGCUGCGAUAUUAGUAAUUUACUGCAAUAAUACAGUUUGUACAGUAUACAGAUUUUUUAACUAACUAGAUCAGUAUUUUGUUUCUCACAGAUAUAUUUUUCAAUCGCCACAGUUGUUUUUGUAUUUUUAUAAAUACCAUAAUAUUACAAUUAGCAGGAACAUCGAUUAUGAGUCGAUAUUCUUGCUCUCACCUAAAUAUUAGUUGGAACAGACUGAGAUGAACAUAUUUCUCCAUUACAGGAACUUUGGCACUUUUUCUCUUACUUUUUCCGAUGCUUGAUUACGCAACUUUAUACCCCAAAAAAAAGGAACGAAAUUCAUAACCAGCUUUUGCAAGUAAAAGCGGUAUAUUAAAUGUGUAAAUUAUUGAAUAGCUUACCCAGCAUUGUAAUUAUGUAAAUUCUCAGUACAGAGCAUGUGUUGAUUCGUGUAUGUACUAAAGUAUGAUACUAAAUUUAACGGUAUGUAAAUUAUUGUCAUAUAACAUUCCGUCAAAUUACUCGAUAUAAUUAACUAGGGCUUAAAUCAGAUAUUGUACAAAAAUUAUAUUAUUCGUUUAGGCAAAAAUAUGGUAUACGGUCAACAAUGUACAAAAAAAUAAAUAUUAACUUUCGGCUUUUAUUCGACUAACCAACCGCUUUUCGAUUAGAAAAUCAUCGGUUUUUUAAAUUGAUUUUGAUUACGCAAACCAAUAGACAAAAAAUCACUUUGUUACUUUUAAAGAUGAACAUAUUUGCAGUUUCUAAUCUGAACAAACUUGCAAAUUUUGUGAUAUUAUUCGAUAAAAAAAACUAACUCGUUAUGUUCUAGACAUAGAUUAAGCACAUUAUAAUUUGGUCACAUCUAUAGCAGGGUACAAAUAAGUGCAAAUGUUGCUAAACUUUAAAGUUAAUCAAUCGGAAUCAAUACAAAGUUUACGACACAUCACUAGAGUAUAACGAUAUUAUAUUCUUACGUUUUUUUAAGAGUUUCUGAACAUCUCCCAAAGUUUUGUUCGAUUUACGGGGUGAAGUCGAGACAAAUCUUUUAUUUGUUGAUAUUAGUAGAAUGUUAUGACUAUUGUGUUUCCGCCUCACCCUGUACAAAUAAAAGUAGGAUAAUAUGUACAUGAAAAUGAUUAUUAAAAUGUGAUACAGCUGUCCUCCCGUGGGAUAGCGUCAUUUAUUUCGUAGCCUCUAGGUGAUUGUAGGAAUGUAUAAAAAGAGGUUGAAAAUUUUCCUCAAAUUUGAAACCUCUAAUCAUGUAGGAUAACAAAAAAUUAUGUUACCACUGAACUUCUUAGCGUCUUUUCUUGUCUUAAAAUCUAAAAACGUUAUAAUCUCAGUAACGGUUGUGCACAGUUUUAUUAUAGUUUUUCGCUUUUAUUUAUAGUAGAUAUGCAAGUUUUUAAUUACUUUUUUAAAUAGAAUAUUUACCACCUUAUUCAUUAUGUCUCGUUAUGUACUUUUCUUAAUUUAUUUCUUUCAUAUAUGGGAAGCGUUCAAGUUAGAUUUAUAUUCUUUUAGACAAACAAUCGGUGCUGGUAAAUUUAAGUUAAAUUGUACAUAUGAAACACUAACACACACAAGACAUUCCUACUGAAGUAUUAUUAGUUUUAGCUUAAUAUAUUUUGCAUUAGUUUUAAAUAACUUUUCAGUUCCUGGUACAGCUUGUACUUUACUAUUUAUAUUUAUUGUUUAUGUUUCUUAUUUUAACGUAGUUGUUUCCUGUCGCAAUUGAUAUGAUAAAACAUGGUUUCCAUAUUUUGAUUAUUAUAGAAGGAUUUUGCAAAAAUGGACAAUAUUGAUGGUGCAUUUUUGACGUUGGAACACAAUAUACAAGGGAUUAUUGUUCGUAUGAACACAUACAAAAUCAUAAUUUGAAGAGCUUUAUGAUAUAUAGAUUUAGAACCUUCGACACUCACGAUAAAAAUGUUUGAAAAGCUAAUAUUGUUUUUAUUUGAUUCAUUCAAAUGCAUUUUGUCUUUAAAUAAGUACUUUUGUCUAUAUAGCCGUUUUGGAUAUCACACCAGGUAUAUAAAUUAUAUCAGAGAGCUUGAAAUCCUUGUAUAAUGUUUUCCAAUGAAGAAUGCAUUUUUCUAAGCUUUGAGCUGUUACAAUACCACUAUGUGUUUAAUAGAUUUUAUUACUGGAACGGUUUGUACUUAAUGAACUGAGAAUAUAGAACCGGUACAUGAUUUUUUCAAAUUUGCGUUAGUUUAUAGUAUUACUCGGUUAUGUGUGUAAAAGAGUUUACAUUAAUAAUAAAUCUAAAAUAUUAAACUUUGCCAAUUGAAUUACUCCUACUUUACUUUUACUUCAGUUCUAAAUAAUAGAAUAAUACAGAUAAACACACAAAAAAUAAUUUUCCUGUUUGAUAAUUAUGAGAUUUAAACAAAAAUAUUGAAAUUUUUUUAUUUGAAUCAUAACAUGAUGAUUUGAUUGAAAAAAGUUUACCAUUGUUAUUAAUGCAAACUCUAACUUACCUCUGUUAAAAAUUGUAAAUUUGGACAUUGUGUAAAUUAAAAUCCUGAUUUCAGGAUUCUUAGAAAAAGGAACGAACCCCUGGCAUUAACUUGUAAAGAAAUUAAUGUUGAAAUUUUUGUAAAAUGGUACAAUUUGUAAAAAUCAGCGGUACAUUAAGUAAUUAGGUGAAAAUUGGCACACCUCGUACGUUUUCUGUUAAUUGGAGAUAGUUUGAAUUAAUUAUACAAGUUUAAAGUAAAAGAAAACAGGGUAAAAAUUACAAUAUCCCAUAGAGAUACAGAUAUAUUUACUUAAUGAAGCUGAAAAUGAGAACCGCAAAUGUAUAUGUAGUACCUACAUGACAAAUAUGUUAAAUGAACUUUAAAAAUCCACAAACAAUUCAAUAAUAUAAAAGUUUAUACUUUAUAAAGCACUGACAGAGAUUACGUAAUAUAUUUGUCACCCACAAAGCUUAAAAACAUGAUCAGUUUAAUUUGUCCUUCAUCUCGCCUUUGUACGAGGUGUAUUUGGAAAUAUAAUAUUUGUGUGUUAGACACAAAUUUAGGAAUUAUAAUGUAAAAUAAUAAAUUUUAGUUUAGGAGUAUAUACAAAUACAGAUAUUUGAUAAUUAGGUAGGCUUAGUUUUUGAUGAUGUUAAAAUAAAAUUUAAUAAAGCUUCGUGAGAAUGA